CGGAUCUUCGGAUCGUUCGAAGUACCACUGUAGUGAGAAGGCAGUGAAAACCGUUGAUGGUGGUUGGUGGCGGCCUCCGAGAGCCGUUAAAACGCGUACCUAACCUAACCGAACCCGAUAGCGUCCUUAUUGGAGUUUUCGGAAGAGAAUUUGUUCGAAUUUAAAGAUCCGGCUGCGAGCUACGGAACUAUUAUGCAAAACUGUGGUAAGCGAAGUGUAUAAGGAAGCUUCUGAAAGAUAAACAAUAUAGUAAUGGAUCCUGCUACGGUAAUAGCUCUGUGCAAAGAAAAUAUUCAGCCGUUGAGAUAUGGGCGAAAUGCUACACAAUUAGGAACUGCAUUGAGAGCUCAAGAGGACGUAGACGCACAGCAUUUGCUGUUACAGGAAAAACAAAUGUAUGAGGAUGCGAUUAAACAUUACGAAGGAGAGGAUCCUCUAGAGAGUUGGUAUGAAUAUAUUCUGUGGGUAGAACAGAGUUACCCGAAAAAUGGACAUGAAUCUCACAUUGGAAGACUCUUGCAACAAUGUUUGACAUUAUUUGAAAAGGAAGUAAAGUAUCAUCAAGAUCGUCGUUAUAUUCGUUUAUGGAUUAAUUAUAUAAGUAUGCAAAAGAAUCCUUUGGAAUUGUAUCAUCUGUUGCAUAACAAUGGAAUUGGUACUACUGUAGCUGACAUGUACAGGGCCUGGGCUUUUGAACUGGAACAAAUUGAAGAUUAUAAACGCGCUGAUGAAGUUUACCUAAUGGGACUAUCUGCUCAUGCAGAACCAUACGACGAACUGAGUCAUGCUCAUCAAAACUUUCAAUUGUCUGUGGCCCGCAAGACACUUGGACGCAUUGAAGAGAGAAGUGAUAUAUCAUUGCUGGAGCAACGUCAAGCUUUUAGUUCAUUGAAAGCGAUAAGAAUUAGCAAGAGAGUGGGUAGUAUACGUACAGGCCAUCGUGUACGUGAUUAUUAUCCUGGCACUAUACCACAGAUUGCAGCUUCUAUGCAAAAUGCAAAACCCAACUCUAAGAUACAAAUAUAUCAAGAUGAUAUGCCUGGGGAGAUGAAAGUUUCUAAUAUAUUAGAUCAUGUGCCUAUCGAGGAUGCAAUACACAAGGAAAACAUUAUUAAAGCAGGAGUAUGGAAUCAUGGACACAAGAGAUGUCCAUUAAUAACUUCUAGUGUGAGACCAGGUUUUAAAGUUCAUGAAGACCAAAAUGAUGAAUGUGACAUGGAGAAACCGAAAUUAUUCCCAAACCAUGUACAUUUUGCUGAUGGUAGUAAGGAACAUGAUUGUUUGAGGAUACCAGUGUAUGUACCAGAUCUGGCAUAUCCAAAUAUUAUACAAAAAGCAUAUUAUCCCAAAGAACUAGUUUAUGCUAACAAUGUUGAUCGUAGUAUGGAAGAAAUUAGAGCAGAACUUUAUUUGCAGAGAACAGCGCAACUUUUGGAAAAUAAACAUGAAAUGUCGGCGGUUUGUUUACGUGGCGGAACCAAUGAACAGCCCCAGUCACAACUUAACAAUUUCGAAAAUAUAUAUCAUUUGCAAGAAAUGGAAAAACAGAACAAAUUAGAUCAGCAAAGAAGAGAAGCUGAAAUCAAUAGACAGCAAAGACUCCAAGCUGAGCAACAAGAAUUACAAAGGCAACAAUAUGAGGCCGAAAAUCGAGCCUUAGAGACUCAACGACAGGAAGCCGAGCAAAGGGAAUUGGAGAGGUUAGAGGCUGAAAGAAUAGAAGCUGAGAGGCUAGAAGCCGAGAGGAUAGAAGCUGAAAGGAUAGAGGCUGAGAGGAGAGAAGCUGAAAGAAUCGAGGCACAACGAAUAGAAGAAUUAAACACACAACGGAAAUUGCAGUCAUCGAGCUUUAUGCACCAGCAUCACUCUUCCUCAUUAGCCACUGAUGCCGAGGAGCAUUUACUCGGUCUGAGUCUCACCGUAAAUACGAAGGAAGCCAUCACAGUUGUACAGGGUAUGUGGCAUUCCCCGGACGCCACGGCCGCUAAUGUUCCGCGCUUUCGUAGCCCUGUAACACCCAGAAUAGUAGAUUCGAGAAGUAAAUUACCAUUCGAUAUACAUAUGGAUGGUUCCAUGACUCAGCAUGCAAUGUCCAAUAGUAAGCAUCAUCAAGGAUACAAUAUACAGGUUUAUAAUGAUCAAGAGAACCAUCAAAGUUAUCACACGCCACAUCAUAGUUACUCCGGUCAGCAAGCAGCAUAUGGAAAUCAUAAUUUGCAAAACAGUUUCCACUAUCAAAUGCAGCAACAUCACGACCAUCAAGUGCAACAGCCGCAUCCCCGUCAGCACCACCCUCAGCAACAUCAUCAGCAGUUAAUCGCAUCGCCUCAACAGAUGCAUACCGCGCAUCAUCAGUCUCUUACCCAUCCGCAGCAUUUACAACCUCACAGUCAGAUACCGCAUCACCAGUCGCACGUUCAUCAACAGCAUCAGCAACAUCAACACCAACAACAUCAACAACAUCAACAACAUCAACAGCACCAACAACACCAACAUCAUCACCAUCAUCAUCAUCUCCAUCAUCAGUCCCCGCAUACACCACAUAUACCACCGCAUCCCCAGCAGCCACAACACAUGCAUCAGCAUAUGCAACAUAUACAGCAUCCCGUUUACAGCAACAUGUUACCCGACGUCAUCGGAUAUCAGCAGUAUCCAACGUCGAUGGAACCUCCUAUGCUGCAACAUAGUGUGGAACAGCAAAAGCAAUUGCAUUUCUCACCAUACAACGAUCCUGACAUUGAGACGAGCAAACCGUACAGAAUGCCACCAGAGUUACCGUACAUCAAGUCGCCCGGGAUGAAUCGUAAAGACAUCAAAUAUCUCGAAAGCGCGGAAGAUAAAGAGAAUGCUAUCGUCGUAGAUUACAACGGUCCACUCGAAGAGAAUAUGGUGCCCAAACCAACGGAUGAAAAUAAUUUGUAUAUUGACGAGAGUUUAGGUGUAACUCCUCUGUUAGGAGGAAACGAAACCUGCUUCACAGAAGCUUUUAACACGCAAUUAGCCAGCUCCACACCAAUGACUAAUCAUUUUAAGCCAUCUUACAGAGUGAAAGAGGAUCAGCAAUUUCCGAACCAGACUACUACCAGUCAGCCAAUUACAGAAGUACCUACUCGCGAAGGUAAUGAGAAAUUGAGCGUAAUAUUGGAAUCCACUCAGGAGUAUGUUUCAAGCAGUUCAGGUAGCAGUACGUACACUAGAACUGCCGGAUUGACUUUUGCAUUAACCAGAGAGGAUAUGGUUCCCAUCAAGGAACGACUUGCAGAAACAACUAUAAAAGAGGAAUCGAAAGAGGAAUCCAUGCUAUCCGUGGAUCAACCUUACGAGCAAAAGCAGCACUCACAGAUUCAAGCUGUGCACGCUCAGAGCCCACGUACGGUGCAACGAAAUGUCGAUCAGAUAACUUCCGAGAUAAAGAAUAAUUGCGAUCUGAGGAAAUCUAUAAAUUUCACGCUUAAUAACGAAGAUAAUUCCGAGAAGUUGGACACUAUGGAUUGCGAGGAGCAUGAACCCAUGGAACAAGUGGAGGAAGAGUCUUUCGAACUCCCUACGAAGGACAUCAAUCCAUUUGAUAAGAACUUGAUCGUGGGUCUGCUGAAGAAAAUAAAAUUCCCGCAACCACAUCAUGCAGAUGGAUAUACAAGAAUAGAUACUAACUUAAACAAGUUCGUGCCUUCUACUGUGGUUACGCUCGGCAACGAGGCGUAUGAUUUGGAAAAGUGCCUUGGAAAAGGAAUGUAUGGAACAGUUUUUAAAGCAGUCAAUAUACAGACAAGCGAGACUGUUGCUCUUAAAACGCAAAAACCAGCCUGGGUCUGGGAAUAUUAUAUCGUGCGAGAAAUAAAAGCGCGUCUUACGAAUCCACACAUGCUACGUGGUUUUAUGGAUGUGACAAUGGCGUAUAUAGCGAACAACGGAAGUAUACUAGUUUCAGAAUAUUCCAAGUUUGGAACGUUAUUAGCAGUGACAAAUCAGAUAAAAAUUGCCACUGGUAAACCUCUGAUGGAGACCCUAGCUAUUUUCUUCACAAUUGAAAUGCUUCAAAUCGUGGAGUACUUACACAAAUGCCAAAUAAUACAUGGGGACAUAAAGCCAGAUAAUUUUUUACUAAUGCGACCACCUACGCAAGACGUGAGGCCAACUAUACAGUUGAUAGACUUUGGAUGUAGUAUAGACAUGAAGUUAUUACCAGAAAAUACAACGUUUACCCAAGUAAUUAAAACGGAAGACUUUACUUGUAUCGAGAUGCAAACUGGCAGACCAUGGACAUAUCAAACGGAUCUGUACUGCUUAGCAGCAACUAGCCAUUGUUUAUUAUUUGGCAAUUACAUGAGGGUAUCUAAUAUAGGUGGUCGUUGGUUUAUUACUUCGAAAUUGCCAAGGUACGCUAAGAAGAUUGCAUGGGAGCAAUUUUUUACAGAACUGUUGAAUAUUGAAUCGUGUGACAAAAUGCCAGACUUAGCAAGAUUGAGAAAUAUGAUGGAGGAGACACUGGCGCAAAUGCCAGAGGUGCAAACAAGAUUCCGAACUUUCGUCAACAUCCUCAACAAACGAUAACGCUUACUGUAUCUGAUGAUAUGUCCCAAUGUGUGCACAUAUUUAGUAAAGAACCAACGUGUAAUAAGAAACAUUAAUGUUAUUGUGCUAUUUAUUAUACAAGUUAAUACUACAGUGAUAUAUGUAUCUACGCAGUUAUAACACAUUGAAAUGCACUUUAUGGCCUGCUUCGUGGAGGCUUUUACAGAUAUAUGUUGCUUGCACAUAAUCGAUAUUAUUAAGAGCACUGUGCAACGAGUUUGAUCUUUUAACAAAUGUUUCGGAAACUUACGAGGUUUGCGAAAGUUUAUACGAUAGAGGUUUUGAAAAUGUAUCUUGUUAUCUCUCACGCCAUGAAUACACUCGCAGUUGCGAAUAAACGUUGUAUAAUAAGAUUCACAAAGUCUUACCAAAUUCGAGUCUGUAAAAAUGAAUAGUACAAUGUGCGUGUGAUAUGGAUGUGCACUGUGGACUCUCAGAUCAGCAAGAUCGCAUGCAUGUACACUGAGUAAUUGAGUACCUUGUAUAGAUAAUUAAUGUAUAUGUAACCCUUGUAUAUUUACUAUAGGUCUUAGUUUUAAACCACUCGAUUUUGUCGCAUUGAUGUCAACGGGUUCUAUCGUUUUGCUUUCAGAUAUUCUCCAAGAUGUAUGAAAAUAUAUCAUGUCAAUCAUAUUAAAUGUUCAUAUUUCAGACACUA